AGCCCGAAGGAAAAGGGGUGGAGCUAAGCACUCACUGCGGUGCUGCGCUGCGUCUGCAGAGGACAAGGAAGAAACCUCUGCAGGGCUGACAUCUGCCAAAAUGAGCGGCCUGGAUGAGGGCAACGAGCUCCCUCGCAACACCACGACCCCCGCCCGUGCCCCGGAAGAUCUGGAUCUGAAGCAGAACCAGGAGCUCCGCGAGGAAAGCGACGCGGCGCGGGCGAUGGAGGCUGCAGGUGAGGCCGGUGCAGAGGGAGGCGCGCCCCCGGAUUCCGAGCCCUGCGGCCCUGCGCUUUGCCUUGCAGCGGCUGAGAAUCCCGGUGCUGCAGCGGCAGCCGGAGAGGGGCUGGUGGAUGCUCUGUCUCCAUCAAAGGGCGGGGACGCAGCCUCAGCCCCUGUGGCAGCGGACGACAGCAAUGAAAAUGGCUGUCAGCCUGGAGAGCCGCGCAGCCCUGCUGGGCCGAAAGCUCUAGAAGCCUGUGGUGCUGGGCCUGGGGUCUCAGAUGAUCCGGGGGCAAAGAAGACCAAGGAAAUGACGGCGACCAAGUGCGCCAUCUCUGCAGCCGCGGGGAAGGAGGGGGAAGCGGGGGCGGCGAUGCAGGAGAAGAAGGGGGCACAGAAGGAGAAAAAGGUAGCUGGAGGAGGGAAGGAGGAGAAUCGUCCCAGGGCCCCGAAGAUCAAUUGCAUGGACUCGCUGGAGGCCAUCGAUCAAGAGCUGUCAAACGUAAAUGCGCAGGCCGACAGGGCCUUCCUCCAGCUGGAGCGCAAAUUUGGGCGGAUGAGAAGGCUCCACAUGCAGCGCAGAAGUUUCAUCAUCCAAAACAUCCCAGGUUUCUGGGUCACCGCUUUUCGGAACCACCCUCAGCUGUCACCAAUGAUCAGUGGCCAAGAUGAAGACAUGAUGAGGUACAUGAUCAAUUUGGAGGUGGAGGAGCUUAAGCACCCAAGAGCAGGCUGCAAAUUCAAGUUCAUCUUUCAAAGCAACCCCUACUUCCGAAAUGAGGGGCUGGUCAAGGAAUAUGAGCGCAGAUCCUCUGGUCGAGUGGUGUCGCUCUCCACUCCAAUCCGCUGGCACCGGGGCCAAGAACCCCAGGCCCAUAUCCACAGGAAUCGGGAAGGGAACACGAUUCCCAGUUUCUUCAAUUGGUUCUCAGAUCACAGCCUCCUAGAAUUCGACAGAAUAGCUGAAAUUAUCAAGGGGGAGCUGUGGUCCAACCCCCUACAAUACUACCUGAUGGGUGAUGGGCCACGCAGAGGAGUUCGCGUCCCACCAAGACAGCCAGUGGAGAGCCCCAGGUCCUUCAGGUUCCAGUCUGGCUAAGCUCUGUCCUUUCGAGAAGCUUCUGCAGGAGAGUCCCACCACCUCCUCGGCUCGGCCAGCAGCAUGAAGCCUUCUGUCUGCUUCCUCUUCUUGUUGGAUUGUGUCCUUUGGUUCUUCUGAGUCUCCAGUAGUUUCAAGAAGAUUGUGGCUCCCAAGUCUCUGCUCUUCUUUCUCUAGGCCAUCACGAUGUCUUGCAUAGUGUUCAUGGUGUUCCAAGUGCAUGGCCUCCAAACUGCUUCUAUGACAAGCUCACAGUGCUGUAGUUUGUACUGCCUUCCUUUGCAUGGCUUGGUCCCUGUCUGUGAUCAUGGUCUUCUUCCAGUUUUUUAAAGUGGUUCUCUACCACAGGAAAGCUUGACACAUCCUUAACCAAGAACUUGCCAGGUUUCAUAUUCUCUGCUGCGUCCCUGAUAUCUCUAGGUACUGUGAUGAACUGUGAUGUUGACCACUGCAAGAUGGAACUGUAUCCCAACCCAGCAAUCAGCCCAACGGGACAUUCCAACUGAUCCUAGCUGUCUUCCUGGGCCUUUGCUAUUUAUUUAUCCUGCUUGUUACGGGUAUAACAAGCAGGUGACUGGUGGGUUUGACUACUAGGUAUGAGUGAAGUAACAGGUGAGGAGUGUUUUUAUGUUACCACAUUGGUUACUUUGGUUACUGUGCACUGUGAUCAGCUACUGGUGAGUAUGGAGGCCUGUGCAAUUGCCCACUAGUUCUCUCCUGGUUGAGCUUUGCCCAGGCCAACACUGUUCCUCAGGAACUAUCUAAGGACCUAAGCUCCUAGGCAGCCCACAGGACCCCCUUACUGUACCAUUCACUUACCCAUGACUCUGUUCGCUAUUGGGCAGGAUGUGUAGUCCCAUGUGGCAGUGCCCAAGGCAUAGAUAGCUGGAAUGGCUCCCUUCUAGCAGUUAGUUCUGAGCCCUAGCCAACAAAUGACUCUGAAGGUAAACCCCUUCUUCCUGUGUCCACACCCACUCCGAUUAAGUAAGUCAAAGCUGCCUAGGUUGGGGCAGUUAGAAAUCAUUUGUGGCACACAGGGUUUGCUGUGUCUUUCUCCCACUGACUCCACUGACUCUUUUCCUUUUCUUCCCCUGUUCCUUUCUCUUUGAAGCAGUCACAGCCAGAGACAGAAAAACAAAAUGGGCAGCA